UGCACAACAACAAAAGGACCCGGACGGGCCGGCGGCGGCCAGGGCAGCGACCGCAGCGCAGGAACCGGGCCUGCCGCAGCUACCUCAGCGCCCGCAGCGCUGCUCGGCUCACGGAUGAUGACUCUUCUUGCUCUUCAUCUAAGUUGAAGAAACACUGCGCACUUUAAUCUCUCGUCUGUGACAUUGGGCCAACUGAAGACAGGGUUUUGAAAUCUCAGCUAUAAAGAUAUCUAGCCAAAAUCUCAAUCUUGCCUUAACAAUGUUUCAGAGACUGAAUAAAAUGUUUGUAGGCGAAGUCACUACUUCCAGCCAAGAACCAGAAUUUAGUGAGAAAGAAGAUGAUGAAUGGAUUCUUGUUGACUUCAUAGAUACCUGUACUGGUUUCUCAGCAGAGGAAGAGGAAGAAGAUGAAGACAUUGGUGAAGAGUCCUCAGCAGAGCACACUUCUGUCUUCUCCUGUUUACCUGCAUCUUUGGAAUGCUUGACUGACACCAGUGAUUCCUGCUUCCUUCAGUUUGAGUCCUGUCCAAUGGAGGAGAGCUGGUUCAUCACUCCUCCCCCAUGUUUUACAGCAGGUGGAUUAACCACUAUCAAGGUGGAAACAAGUCCUAUGGAAAACCUUCUCAUUGAACAUCCCAGCAUGUCCGUCUAUGCUGUGCACAACUCCUGUCCUGGUCUCAGUGAGGCAAGUUGUGGAAAUGAUGACUAUAACUCAAGUGGUCCCAGGGCCAGAAAAAGCUGCUUAUAAGACUCACGGGCACAGAAAUGGAAGCCCAGAGUGAAAUGGGGAAGCACAUUCACUGCUGUGUCGCAGCGCUUGCUGCUCAGGCAACAUUUUUGGAACAACCCAAGAGUUUUCGCCCUUCCCAGUGGAUAAAAGGACACAGUGAAAGACAGUCUUUGAACAGAAAUGGCCUCCGUCGCCAGAACCUUACCAGGGAUUGCCACACUCGACAAAUGAAGCACAGUGGCUGGGUGGUUCACCAGCCCUGCCCACGCCAGUACAAUUACUGAGAAUGUUGAGUUAUGUUGGUUUCCUUAGGUUUUGUGCAUAAGUAUUGGAUGUAUGUGUGUACAAUGAAAGUGCUGUCUCCUUCCAGCCAAGUGAAGACCAAUCGCCUAGUGUAUCAGUGUGUUUAGACACUAUCACAACCAGAUUUUUGUGCUGUGUAUCACAUAAUGCCUUGCUCCUGACAAUUACUUUUUAAAAAACCUUUUAGCAUAUUUUUGGAAACAUAUCAAUACAGUGACAGUGUUUGGGGUUGUCUUUAAGUACAGUAAGGUAUAUAUAUGAGUUAGCAUCUUAAGGACAUUUCUAACCCCAAGUCUUAAGAGUAGACAUCUUUUCAAUUUCCUUUAUUUUGUAUUAUUUAAUCUUUUGUGUAAGCAAAAAUUUAUUCUCAGGGUCAGCCAUAUACUUUAUUGACCAGUACUUGAUAGCCUUUUCUGUAUAUAAUGAGUACAUUUUUACACUAACACAAGCAUUAACAGGUGAUUUUUGCCAUGGAUAUAAUGGAAUUAAUGGUUGAACUUACUUUUCAAAGAAAACUUGACGUAUUUCUGUAUAUAUGUUUUUUCCCCCAGAUUAGUCAUUGUAGUGCAUUGUGGAAUUCAGGUACAUUAACUUUGGUGAACAAUAUAUUCAGUAAUUCUGAUGUGACUCCACGAUAUGGUACAAAGACUACAGAUGUCGUGGCCAAAAGCAUUUGUUUCAUAUGCAAAGGGAAAAAUCAGACCCAUGAGAUGAUAUCUGGAAUCUAUUUGUAGAUAACCCACAGAGCAGUCAGUAUUUGGAGAUGUCUAGAUUCCUAACUGCCAGCUCAGCUAAAAAUGCACAAACGUGUGCCCAGGCACUCAGUGACUUCAUGCUUGUGUCUGCCACAAGAAAGGGAGAGACAACAGUGGUAACUCCUCAGAACAGAAGAAAUCCCUUGUCCUCCCAAGGGAUUUCUGGUGGCAUCUGUUUAUAGCACCUAAGUGAAGAUUGAUGGGUUGGUUUCCACAAGCUUUCGUUUUUAAACUUCACAAUAUCCUUAGCCACUUUGGCCUGUUUCCUCCACAGCAGGAGAGUGCUAAUACUUACCUCCCUCACAGAGUUGUGAGGAUCAUAUACUGAUUGGAAGUGGGGCUGUCAGAACUGAACUCUGAACUUCCAGGGUCUUUCUACUGAACCUAGUUGUGGGAGGCUCCGGCAGUUUAUUGCCAUGAUUAUUCUUCAGGGUUGGUGCUAAUGAGGCUAGAGCACAGGGUUCCGCUCAUAUAUACCAGUUACGGUGGUAGAGGAAAGUCCAUUCUCUUACCUCUAUCUGGUCAGCUCUUAAAGAACAGUUUUGGUGGAUUUUGGUGAGCCAUCCACACUUGCUGGAAGAUUAAACACAUUUACAGCUUGAAGUACAUUCUACUAAGAACAAUACCAUUGCCGCAUAUUCAAACUGCUCAUUUCCCUAGCCCCUCUGCAACCAUAACUAAACGUUUGUUUAUGAAAUAAUUUCAAGGAAAAACGAAGCAUACCGUUAUGUGAAGUAUUAUCCCUGAAGCAGCUUGAUGCAGGGAACCCUGGGAAACUUUCAGGAAGGUACAGUGCUUUUCUCUGAUGAGGCUGGGCAUUUAGAGCUGCAGUCAGAUGGGGAAGGGAGUUAACACUGGCUAUGAUUAGGUGCCAGACAGGAUGUCUCCUAAGAACAGGAAUCUAGACUAAUUCUUUCCUUAAGUCUUUUCCAUAUUGACUUCCCCUUUUAUUUAUUUGUUUUCUAAUUAAGGGGCCAAGUCUGUAGAGUUUGUUAAACUGAGAAGUUGUUAUUAUUUGUUGUCAUGGAGGUGUGCAUAUUUUAUACCACAGCUAUUAUAGGGUCAUAUGUUGGUAACUUGAAAUAGACCAGUUAAGUGUCUUCUGGACAAAGGUUCUGAAUACAUGUAGCUUUGCCCCUAUUCCCUUACAUCACACGAAAGCUGUCUCACAAGCUGAAAGUUCAGCCAUCAGAAUUUGUUUGGCCAGCAUGAAUUGGUUUAUGUAUUAAACUAUACUUUUUUUGUUUUUGUUUUUUAAAAACCUUCCCACCACAUUUAUUUAUCCCUUAAGUACACUUACAUCUCUGUCACUUACUGACUUUUCAUUUGCUUUGUCUAUGCUUAGUGUUUUGUUCCUGUAAAUCAGCAAGCAAAUCAAUUACUGGGAUUUUUUUCUUUGGGGUUAAGAUUACCACUCCACCUAUAGUAAGUAGGUAGCACACUGUGGUUUUUGUGUGAGAAUCUAACGUUUAUAUCUAAAAUUGACCCUUGUAAGAACUGAAGAAAAAAGUUACAUAACUCGAUUGAAGUUCUUAAUCACUAGGUGUUUUGUUAGGCAACUAUCAUGUGUUAGAUACAAGUCUAAUAACACAGAACAAUGUUAACCUGUUAAACAUUGUUUUGAAACCUGGCCAAAAAUACAUUUUAUGAGUUGAUUACUCAUUAUCAUCAUCACCAUCAUUUUGCUGUUAUACCUACUAGUGGUUUACAGUGUUCUUCAAUGCACUGAAAGUACAAAUAAGAAGACCCCAAGAGUUGAGGAUGUAGCUUAGUGGUAGAGGAUUUGCCUAGCAUGUGCAAGGUCCUGAGUUCCAUCCCCAGCACUGUAGGAUGAAAACAAAACAAAUAAGCAAGACUCCAGGAUUUAGUAGCACUGACCAUUUCUAAACCAAUAGCCUAGAAUAAUGCUUGCAAGGUCUGGAACACAUGGUAUGUAUCAGCCAUACAUCUGGAGUCUAAUUUUUUAGCUUUUAUAGUAGACUCCACAUUCCCCAAAGUUUGUAUUUUAUGUUGAACAUUUUAGACUGUGUAUUCUGUUAAUUACUAUUUCCUGGGUUAUAUUCUGUACUGUAUAUAGGUACUUAAACCUCACCAUACUUACCUUUUAUGACAGUUUGUAUUUAUAUGGUUGCAUAGGUGGGCAAUUUUUUGCAAGAUGCAAAAAGGUUGGAUUUUACUUCUCACUGUAGAAAGUUCAAAACAAAACAACAUUAACUUUCUGUAUAUUUUUCCAAUUCCCAUGCAGAUUGUUCUUUAGUUCUUUGGUUUUAGCAAAAAGAGUGUUUACUUAAAACGUGUGAGGGUUCAUAUGCCUGGCUGUCGUUUUAUGUUUCUCAAAUCUGUACAGGUUUACAGUCUUUGCUUUUGUUAAAGUUUGAAUUGCUUUGCUAUUUUGCUGUCCUCACAGAGGUAUUCAGUCUCUGUAUACUCUUAAAAGAAGAAAAAGCAAAGGAGGGUAUAUUCUUUAUCAUUUUCUUUGAGUUGGAAACAAAUGUAUGAAGGACUACAACUAGAAAAUAGACAUUUAAAUGCAUUUAAAUAGGCUAGUGGAAAAAAGUUUCUACCUUUUUCUUUUUGUUUUAGAGACAGUUAAAAGACUGCUCCUUGUACUGGGAGAUACCAGUGUAUGCUUCUAUUGUUGCCUUGAAAUUAUCUUUUUAUUUUUUAAGGCCUAUAGAUACUAUUACCUUUAAAGUCUUUAAAGUUAGGUAGUUUCAUGCUAGCAGCCUCUAAUGUAUUAUAAAUGGCAACCCUAUCUUCUUAUUCUGUUAAAAUUCUCUUGAAAUGUGACACCAAUUCAAGUGGCUUAGGUGCAGAGAGACCAAGAAUAGAUGCAGAAAGGCAGGAAGAGAAGUUACUAUUCAGAGGAAGGCAGCUUAAAUGUAUGAUCUAUCAUUGAUAAGUUUCCUUGUGAUAUUGAAAAAUGUUUCUAACUGUACUUGCCUGAUGUUUUAGUAUUGUUUUCUAGAUGGACUUGUAAAAACAAAACCGUGAUUUUUGUGAGGUUAGAAGUGUGUAUUUGGGGGCCUCAGGUGUGUGUGUGUGGUUUUAUUUUCCUCCAGAAGUUUUGAACUUUAGUCAAUAAUUGUGUGUUAUUUUUAAGAAGUGACUUUAUUUUUUCUCUAGUAAAAUUGUGAACACAUUUUCCUUCUGAAGGCAGGAUAUGAGCUAUGGAUUCUGAAAAGUAUUGUAGGAUGUACUAUGUGCCGUCUUUAUGUGUUUAUGGGCACAAUGUUUUCUCUCAUCAACUUGAAACUUAAAAGGGACAUUUUGGUUAGAUUACUGUACACCAAUCUAUGCAUAAAUGGCAGCUUGUUUUCUUGAGCCACUAUCUAAUUGUUCUUUUUUUUAUAUAUAUAAAUUUUUUUAUACUGAUUGGGUCAGAGAUGGUCAGUUUUAUACAGAAUGAACAGCACAGCACUUUGCCAAAAAAAAAAAAAAAAACCAAACAAAAAACAAAAAACAUGUAGCAUUGCUUAAACAUUGUGUAUUAAUACCAGUUCUUUGUAAUGGGUUCAGUAGUGCAUUUUGCACUGCACAGAGUUACAGUUUUUUAAUCUGUCAGUAAAUAAAAUGUCCUUUAACUUAA